AUCCCCUGCCAGCGUUUAUAAGGGCGCCGCGGCGGCGCUGGCGAGCGCACACCAGUCGGAACUCGCCGUCCCGCCGCCGGCAGCCCGCCGCUCGCACAGCCCCGCAGCCCCGCCGCUCGCACAGCCCCGCAGCCCCGCAGCAGCCAUGUUUCAGCCAGCCGGCCACGGCCAGGACUGGGCCAUGGAGGGCCCGCGGGACGGCCUCAAGAAGGAGCGGCUGAUGGACGAUCGCCACGACAGCGGCCUGGACUCCAUGAAGGACGAGGAGUACGAGCAGAUGGUGAAGGAGCUGCAGGAGAUCCGCCUGCAGCCGGAGGUGGUGCCGCUGGCCGCCGAGCCCUGGAAGCAGCAGCUCACGGAGGACGGAGACUCGUUCCUGCACUUGGCGAUCAUCCACGAAGAGAAGACUCUGACCAUGGAGGUGAUUCGGCAGGUGAAGGGAGACCUGGCCUUCCUCAACUUCCAGAACAACCUGCAGCAGACUCCGCUUCACUUGGCUGUGAUCACCAACCAGCCAGGAAUUGCUGAGGCACUUUUGGAAGCUGGCUGUGAUCCUGAGCUCCGAGACUUUCGAGGAAAUACCCCUCUGCAUCUUGCCUGUGAGCAGGGCUGCCUGGCCAGUGUAGGAGUCCUGACGAAGCUAUGUACACCCCAGCAUCUCCACUCCAUCCUGCAGGCCACCAACUACAACGGCCACACGUGUCUACACCUGGCCUCCAUCCAUGGCUACCUGGGCAUCGUGGAGCAUUUGGUGUCUUUGGGUGCUGAUGUCAAUGCUCAGGAGCCCUGCAAUGGCCGGACAGCCCUCCACCUUGCAGUGGACCUGCAGAAUCCCGACCUGGUUUCGCUCUUGUUGAAGUGUGGGGCCGAUGUCAACAGAGUAACCUACCAAGGCUACUCCCCCUAUCAGCUUACCUGGGGCCGCCCAAGCACCCGGAUACAGCAGCAGCUGGGCCAGCUGACCCUGGAAACUCUGCAGAUGCUGCCCGAGAGCGAGGAUGAGGAGAGCUAUGACACAGAGCCAGAGUUCACGGAGGAUGAGCUGCCCUAUGAUGACUGUGUGUUUGGGGGCCAACGUCUGACAUUAUGAGUGGAAAGUGUCACAAAGAACACGGACUUGUAUAUUUGUACAAAACAAAAGAGUUUUAUUUUUCUAAAAAGAAAGAAAAGGAAAAAAAAAAAAAGGGUCUACUUAACCACCACGCUGCACACGGCCUCUCCCGGAGCAUCUCACUGUGGCGACUCGGCCUUUUUGUUACUUCUGUGAAAACUGGGGGAACAGAUCGUUGGAAUUCAAAGAAAAUGUCUUUUAAAGCUCAUGUCUGGGGAUUUGGGGAGGUGGUUUUCCAGACUCUGAUGAAAGGACCACGUGUUUUAUUUAUUGUAUCUUUGAUUGAACCAACCACAGUUCUAGUAGCUGACCCCGGUGUGUCCUUGCAUGUGAGAGCCAGGUGUUCAGUGGUAUGUGCUUAAGUCACCCCUGACCGAGGUGUGUUACCUCCUGUAAAUGUUGUAUAUGCUGUAUUUUGUUGGUAAUUAUUUUGGUACUUCUAAGAUGUAUAUUUAUUAAACAGAUUUUUACGGAAA